AAGCGGUAUGCAAUCUUUACGCAGCACCAGCCAUAUUAGUAGAUGGAUGUAUUUGAAUGUAGCUCUUCAUUUGUCUAUGGAGAGCUGUAUUCCUUAAAGUGGGGUAAAGGGGGUUUAAAAAAUCCAAUGAGAAUAGGCUGAGAGGACUUUGAUGGCUUUGAAUAGUAGAAUGACAGAGGGACAUGGCGGAACUGCAAAUGUAUUUCAGCAGGGAUAAAUAUAGAACGAAAGACAGUCGGGGAAUUAAGUUACGCAUGAACCGCAAGGACAGACACACAUAGUGUCAGUCUGCCGCGGGGGACAGAUCGCUCCUCUCUUCCAGCAGUCCAAAAGCGCUCUUCAACCCAAGAUAAAGGUCCAACAAAGAGAACUUCCAUUUACUCUGCAGUCGGGGGUCAUGGCACGCAUCUUGUGGACUCUGGUCUUCGGCCUGCUGCUGGUCGGGAGGUGGGGCCCCGCCUUGGCAGAGGAGGAGCCCGGGGAGGUCGGGGAGCCCGAGGCACCUGCAGCAGAUACCAGGCAACCUUGCGCCCAGUGGAUGGGCGGGGUGCCAGGCACGCCUGGGCACAGCGGGCACCCAGGAAGAGAUGGCAGGGAUGGGCAUGAUGGUGCCAAUGGUGACAAAGGAGAUACAGGUGAGCCUGGAGAGAAGGGCGAACCAGGUGAGAAAGGCGCCGAUGGGCCUAUGGGGCCUCGUGGUUUUCCAGGCAACCCAGGGAUGAAGGGUGAACGUGGGGAGAGUGCCCUCAUCUACCGCUCGGCCUUCAGCGUGGGCCUCACCGGCCCUGUGCCCGCCGCCAACGUGCCCAUCCGCUUCACCAAGUUCUUCCACAACGAGCAACGGCACUACGACGACGUCAGUGGCAAGUUCCGCUGUGUCCUGCCCGGUGCCUACUUCUUCACGUACCACCUGACUGUCUACCCCAGAGACGCCAGGGUCAGCCUCUACAAGAACGACAAGACGAUCAUGUUCACCUAUGACCAGUUCCAGGAGAACGAUGCAGACCAGGCCUCGGGCUCCAUAGUGCUUCACUUGGAUGUUGGCGACGAGGUCUGGCUGCAGGUCUACGGGGAAGAGGAGUUCACCGGGAUCUAUGCCGACAACACCAACGACUCCACCUUCUCAGGGUUCCUACUCUACCCUGACAUCCCAGUGGCAGAUCGAAGACGCUAAACCGAAACCGGUCCUUUGUGGGUCCUUUUUCGGCCAUUGAUAUAUACAGACGCUCCUCUACUUACGAACUUUCAACUUACGAACUUUCAGACAUACGAACGAAGACGACUGUAAGUCCAAAUUGUUUUCAUUGGGAUCCCGUUUCCUGUCUACAACAUCAAUUUUUU